CUCUCCCCUCUCUCUUUCCCUGCCGAGGAGCGUCACGCACUUGUCCAGUGCGUCUCCUCAGAAAGUCCGCAUCCGACUCCAGGAAACCGGAUCGCAGGGAAUAACAUUCAAAGGAAUAAUAACAGCAGCAGAAGGAGGAGGAGGAGUAGGCUGUACAACAGAAACCGUGAGAGUUGUCCAGGGAAGAGGGGUCUCCCCAAAACCUGAGAGCCGUGCCAUGCGCGCCAGAGGAGGGCUAUCUCAUCAACCUGAGGCAGAAUUAAAGGAGCCAUGAGUCGCAGCAUCGUGCGGCAGAGUAAGUUUCGCCACGUCUUUGGCCAGACGGUCAAGGCUGAGCAGGGUUACGAUGACAUUCGUGUCUCCAAGGUGACGUGGGACAGCUCCUUCUGCGCCGUCAACCCGAAGUUCCUGGCGGUCAUCGUUGAAUCCAGUGGAGGAGGGUCGUUCCUGGUCCUGCCCCUCUCUAAGACAGGUCGUGUGGAUAAGAACUACCCGCUGGUGAUUGGCCACUCUGGACCUGUCCUCGAUAUCGACUGGUGCCCUCAUGACGACAACAUCCUGGCCAGCUGCUCGGAGGACUGUACUGCGAUGGUGUGGCAGAUCCCAGAUCACUCACUGACUCGCCCCCUCUCCGAUCCCGUUGUGGUCCUGGAGGGACACUCCAAACGUGUCGGCAUCGUCAGCUGGCACCCCACCGCACGCAACAUACUACUCACUGCGGGCAGUGAUAACCUGAUUAUAAUCUGGAACGUGGGGACAGGCGAGCCCCUCAUCUCCAUGGACGACCACCCAGACCUCAUCUACAGCAUCAGCUGGAACCGAAACGGCAGCUUGUUUUGUACCACCUGUAAGGACCGACGUCUGCGUGUCUGCGAUCCACGCAAGAGGGAGGUGGUUGCGGAACGUCUGGCUCCACAUGAGGGGAUCCGGCCAAUGAGAGCCAUCUUCACCAGAGACGGAAACAUCUUCACCACAGGAUUCACCAGGAUGAGCCAGAGAGAGCUCGGACUCUGGGACCCGACAAACUUUGAGGAGCCUAUUGCACUGUUGGAGCUGGACACAAGCAAUGGCGUGUUGUUACCAUAUUAUGAUGCAGAUGCAAACAUGGUCUACCUCUGUGGAAAGGGGGACAGCAGUAUCCGUUAUUUUGAGAUCACAGAGGAGCCGCCGUACGUCCACUACCUCAACACCUUCAGCAGUAAGGAGCCCCAGAGAGGGAUGGGCUUCAUGCCCAAGAGAGGUGUGGACGUCAGCAAAUGUGAGAUUGCUAGGUUAUUCAAGCUCCUUGAUAAGAAGUGUGAGCCCAUCACAAUGACAGUGCCCAGAAAAUCGGACCUCUUCCAGGACGACUUGUACCCAGACACAGCAGGGCCUGACCCCGCCAUGGAGCCUGAAGAGUGGCUGGAGGGCCGCGACGAAGAUCCAAUUCUGGUGUCCAUGCGGGGGGGUUAUGUGCCACCUAAGAGCCGAGAGCUCAAAGUGGCAAAGAAGAACGUGCUGGACUCCAGACCCACCACCCGACGCAGCAUGUCCACUUUGGACACCAACAGUCUGCCGUUGCUCACUGUCCUUGACCUAUUUUUCCUCUUUCUAUUUUUCUUUAUCCUUAAUUUCCCCCUUCCCUGUCACUGUCUUCUUCCGUAUCCCUUUUUUCCUCUCUCCCCUCUUCUCCUGUCCAGCCUCAGUUGCUUGAGAGGUUGUUGGAGGAGAUUCAGAAUCUGAAGGCCACAGUUUUGUCUCAGGAGAAGAGAAUCUGUGACUUGGAGAAUAAGCUUUCCCAGUACACCAAUGGCACUGACUGAUGUGCAUGAAACACACCUUCUGAAGAACUGGUCUGAAUGUCAGAAUCACUAUUAUAGAAACACAUUUCCCUUGCACUGACAAGGAACCACUGUCCUAAAUACUCUAACAGUGUUGCUCCUUUAAAGGUACCAUCGUGGAAGAAUAUAAAUGUGGACAAUGUAAAUGCAAAUUGAUGGUCCAACAAAUUUGAACAAAUUACAUCCAUAACAAUUAUUUUGCGGUUGAUUCUACAUAAUCCACAUUCCAGUUUUAACAUAAUGUACCUUUAAUGUGACGGCAAAAAUCUUUUAAUAUAUUCACACCUUUACAGUGAUUUGUACAAACUCCCCAAAAUACAUAGUAAUAAACAUACUUGCACCACCACUAAACACAGACACACAUCACCAUAAAAGAUGCACACCACGCAAGCAUACAUCAACACAUGUAUUUGCCUCGCCCUCCAUAUCAGAUGAUCACUGACCAGUUUAUAUUAAAACUUCUCAAAAUGUAAAUAGUGAUAAAAGGAAACAGGAGAAAAAUUGUUGAACUUGUAGCAAAAUGUGAAAAGCAAAACGUUGUGUGUUCUGUAAAGGAUUAUACAUUAGACACAUUGACAACAAUAAAAACAGUGUUUUUUAAAAAAAACAACAAAAA